AUGAAGAUUGCGCCGGCAAGCGACGAUUUGCCCAGCGGCAAGGCGCCAAGCGCCAGGCCUGCUGUGGGCACCAGCAGUCAAAAGACGACUCACCAGGCGGCGAAUUCGCAGCGCAAGAUCCCGGACUACAUCAUGCUGCCAGACGGCCAGGCCCGCAGCGUGUGGAUGCAGCUGCAGCUGGCAGUUGCAAUGUACAUCAUCUGGGUGACCCCGCUGCGAGUGGGCUUCAACAUGCCAGCAGAGGGAGUCUGGUUCUGGGUGGAGGGCAUGAUCGACGCAUUCUUCUACAUUGACCUCGUUCUGAACUUCUUUGUUGCUUACGAGGAUCCAGUCACUGGUGACAUUAUUGCAGAUCAACGGAAGAUUGCUGUCCGCUACCUGAAGGGGUGGUUUGCCAUUGACCUGCUGGCAACAUUUCCUGUGGACUAUAUCGUGCGCGCGGUGGAAGGGACCUGGAUGUGCUCCCUGCGAGGCAGCUGCCUGUGGUCUGCAACGGCCGUGCCAGAUGGCAUCAGCGCCAUCCGCUUACUGCGGGUCGUACGCAUCUUCAGGAUCAUAUGGAUCUUGAAGCACUUCAAAGUCAUGCGCUUCUCAACACUGCUUGGCGGCCUCGCGGACGAGCUGUACACCAUCAUGCCAUUGUUCAGCAUCCUGGAGCUGCUGGUGGUCCUGCUGUACCUUGGACACUUCUCAGGCUGCUUUUUCUACUUGCUGUCCACACCGCCUUACCAGACAGCGGUUGAGAAGCGGUUGAUUGAGGAGGGCGAAAUGGAGACAUGGAUGAUGACCUCUUUCGGGGGCGACCGCCUUGUCCAGGUGCCUGUUGCAUACCACGGCAAUCUUACGGGCAUCGCAGCCAGCCUGUCACAUCUCGGCCAGGACCCCACCACCAAACAGUGGUACCAGUGCCCCGACUUUGGGUACGACUUCAAACCCUGCAUCAGCUGCGACGGGCCCAAGGCGCGCUGCGUCUCGCACUACUCACUGCCCUACAGAUACAUUACCUCAAUGUACUGGGCUUACACCACCAUGACUACAGUGGGCUACGGGGACAUCAGCAGCAAGACCGUUGCAGAAAAGGUCUGGGCGAUCCUCACGAUGAUAGGCAGCGGCUUCUUCUUCUCCUUUGUGGUGGGCCGCAUGGCGUCUGUCAUCUCCAAGCUGGACAGCGUGCGCAACGCACACAGCGAGCGGUUGGAGACCGUCACCACCUUCCUCAAGGACGUGGACUUGCCCAGGCCGCUUAGCAAGAAGGUGCUGGACUUUUUUAGGAAGCAGCAGGUCAAACCUUAUGACCGGCAGCAGGUUCUGGCAACGCUUCCUUUCGAGCUGCGCUCGAAAAUCCUGCGCCACCUGUACGCGGGUAUUAUUGGGCGUGUGCCGCUGCUGCAGGCCAUGAUGCAUGACGAGAUGUUUCUCACUGAUGUGUGUGUCAGGCUGCAGCACUACACCUGCUCGCGUGACUCCUUUGUUUAUCAGAGGGGCGAGGUGGGAGGUGACCUGUUUAUCCUCGUGCGUGGUGAGCUCAACGUGCUGGACACUGACCAAGAGUCCUUCCUCUUCAAAAUUCCAGAAGGCACCGUGUUUGGGGAGUCCACCAUCCUUCGCCACAUUGAGGGGUUCACACGAGCCAAGCGCGCCGACAAUGUUUGGUGUGCCACCCCUUGCACCAUGCUGCGAAUUGCCCAGGAGGACAUGGCAGAUCUGCUUGACCAUUACCCCGAGCUCCUGGAGACACUCAGGAAGCUCAACAGGGCCCGCAACUUCAAGUGA